CACUGCUUAUUUCACUGGCAUUUGGCACCAAAAUGCAUCAACAUUUUUUGGCAGCCAGAUACACGAACAGCAAGCAGGAAAUCUCCUGGUCAGAAUGUGGUGAAGCGAGUGAAACGGAAAUACCGUUGUCGUGUACGAAGUCCCGAGACGAUUCGGCGCUCCAAACAAAUCCGGCGAAAUAAAGCGAAUGCACGUGAACGUCGACGCAUGCACAAUCUGAAUCAGGCACUUGAGCAGCUGCGAAAUACGCUACCGCAACUACCGGAUGAGCCGAAACUUACUAAAAUUGAAACGCUUCGUAUGGCGAAUAACUACAUCUACGCUCUCACACAGAUCUUGAGAGACAGCCUGAAGCAGGAAGACGCAGAACGGUACAGUGCGGUAAAUCGCGGAGCAAACAAUUUUGAAGCCUCGAACAACCAAAACAACAAAUUCACUGGACAGUUAUGUCUGUGA